AUUAUAUUGCAAAAUCAUACAACGAGACGAACCUAAAUGAACGCACAAGAUUAUAUUUUUAUCUACGUUUAUGAAUAGAUUUAUUUUUGUUGUUGGUAAAGAAAAAAAAAAAAAAUAUAUUAGCCGAAACCUCUCACACGCCAAUUACAACUACUCACUAAUCAGAAGGGUUAGUUAGUUAGUAGAUACUUGAUGAACAAGACAUUGGACGGGAGGGUAGAGAAUCAAUGGCAGUGUGGAAGAACUUGAUCACCAAAGCCACCAGCACAUUGAAAAUCAAUAAAGCACGUGUAACUCAGGUGACGGAAUUCUACUCCGAUAAUCGUAUUCGUGAUAUCUUAACGCCGGUGACGGCGACGGUCACAGGAGUAGUUCAAAAAGGUUACGACGUUAGCCGGCAGGUUGACGGCGCCGUUAGAACACAAGCGCGUGUAAUUCACGAUUACUUUUCCGAUGAUCAAAUUCGUCAACUCUUAAGCCGUAACCUUAAAUUUCUCGUUCAAAACAGUGCUCUUUUCGUUGCUCGUAGUUAUGGGGGUGGUCCAAUCAUUGAUAUUGUCUCGGCCUCAUUGCAAGACCAAAAUGCUGCCUCUCAGAAGGAAAGACUGAAAGAGCUAGAGAAUAAAGUAGCUAAACUUGAGAAGGCAUUGUGCUCAAGGGAAUUCCGUGUGGAAGCUGAUAUAUACAUGGCACGUACUAAUUCGCAUGAUAAACUGCACAUGAGAACACACAUCAACCUGAAUCCUGAGGAGAUACUACAGGUGGUCUUGAUGAAGCACUUAGGUCUGAAAAUUAUAGACGAUUUUGUUAUGGCCAAAGCUCGAUCUAAAACAGAUUUGAAGCCUGCAUUUAAGUUAAUUGGAAGCCCAGCAGCGUGAAUAAGAAGAUGAAGCAAGAUGAGCUCUUUGCUAUGGAAUGGUGGUGGUGUUUGCAUCUGUGUAAAUAUUGGUUUCAGAAUUAUAUUAUGUGCUUUAAAUAAAUUAACAGUGACUGUUUAGUUGUUUCCAGGAGCAAAUGUAUUACCGAGAAUAUGUAAUCAAGCAUAUUAGCUUUCUGUGAAGGGAGACACUCCAGGUGCAAGUACUUUCGGUGGAUUUAAUUUUAGUGUUAGUUAAUUAAAUAAAUUGUACUUAAUGUGACGGCUAAUUUUGAAUUUAAUCCAAAAUAAAAUCAUCUUUCAAUUUCUAUUU